UAAUAAAAAGCUUUCAUCGAAACUUCCCUAAAUCAAGGAAAAAAAAAAAAUGAAGUUCUUAUCAACUCUCAUAGUGGUCUUCUUCUCUCUUUUUCUCUCUUUACUCUUCCAAGCUUCUCAGUCCACAACAAUACUUGUUGAUGGAGUUUCAGAGUGGAAGGACCCAAUUGUUCAUGUUGGUGACUCUGUUAUUUUCAAGCACAAAUAUCACUACAACCUCUACAUUUUUCAGAAUGAAAGAGCCUUCAAUAUCUGUAAUUUCACUCAGGCCACGCUUCUCAGCAAACCCAACUCUAUAUACACGUGGCACCCAUCACGGCCUGGAUUCUUCUACUUCACCUUCAACAAUGGUUCUAUGAAGACAUGCCAAUUGGGCUCUCAAAAGCUCGCCAUAAAGGUCUCUCCAACUUUGGCGCCAAAAAAUUCAGACAUUUCUCCACAACACCCUCCAACGGCUUCCCCGGGACCCGCUUCCGGCGGUGGCAUGGUGUCGACUUCCCCGCCUUAUCCGUGGCCAUUCCGCCCGAAGGAGGCGGCUUCGCCGACGCCGGAACCCUCCGCCAGAUCACCGGGGGUCAUGCCGUCAUUAGUGCCCGAUAAGGGCGGCGCCAUUCCCUUCAUCAACAGCAAUCCGGCGGUUCCUCUGCCUACCGGAGAAGUGGACUCUGCCACUAUUAGACCUCUGCCCAUCUCUGGCCAUGGAAAGCAGGGAAUGGUGGGGUUUUUCGCAGCAGAAAUGGCUGUUUUUUGUUUGGCUCUCCUCAUACUGUAAAAAGUGUAGAAGAGAGAGAGAGAGAGUUGUGGGUGUAAUUUAUAUAUGCAGGAAAUUAAAUUGUGAGGUAUGGUUUAAUGUGCAAAAGAAUGGUAGUUGGGUGGAUUUUGAGUCUAAAGUAGCUUUAAGAGUGAUCAUUAAACCAUGUAUUGUGGAUGCUCUUCGACCCUACUUUGGAAUCAUUGGGUACUUUUGGUCCUUUGGUCUUGCCUUGCAUUCGAUUACUACUUUUUCAACUUUGUAGUAGUUCUUUACCUUAUAUUAU